AUGGAUAGCCUUUCGUUAUCAAACUCCCAAUCUAUUGCUGGCGUGCUAGCUCUGUUGCUGCUGAGCGGCAUAUAUGUGUACCUGAACUCGCCCUCAUACCCGGUUGUCAAUGGGAAACGCCCAUGGGAGCUCCGAAUAAUCCAUGCGCAGAAGCGGUUCCUAUCGAAUGCGCGCGAUCUAAUCGAUUCGGGUCUUGCGAGGUGGCCAGCCUUUCACCUUGUCACUGAGGCAGGAUACAGACUUGUCCUGGACCCCAAGUAUGCAAACGAAAUUCGGAGUCAUGAGGCACUGAGCUUUGGCAAGGCAACUGCACAAGACUUCCACGCCGGCAUACACGGAUUCGAGCCCUUUGAACAGGGAACCAGGUCGGACCAGAUCGUUUCCGAUGUGGUUAGGAUGAAGUUGACCCAGAGUCUAGGGAAUGUGACGAAGCCACUGUCUGAUGAGACUGCGAUUGCUCUUCAAAAGAACUGGACAGAUGAAGCUGACUGGCACACAAUCCCUGUCAAGAAGACCGUCCUCGAUAUCGUCGCCCAGUUAUCGUCCAAGGUCUUCCUAGGUGACCAAAUCUGCCGCAACCCCGAGUGGCUCCGGAUCACGGUGGCCUAUACGGUGGACUCGUUUCUAGCCGCACAAGCAUUGCGCAUGUGGCCAACCUUCAUGCGACGCCUCGUCGCCCCAUUUAUCCCUGGUGUCCAGAAGAUCCGCGCGGAGCUCGAGGAGGCCCGUCGUAUCAUUCUCCCUGUAUUGGAAAAGCGCAAGGCAGAAAAACAAACUGCUAUUGCGGCUGGCAAGACCCCAGCUCGGUACAACGACGCGAUGGAAUGGAUGGAACAGUGUGCUAAGGGGCGUCCGUAUGAUGCGGCGGUGUCGCAGCUUUCUCUCUCACUGGGCGCUAUCCAUACCACAUCCGACAUGCUGACCCAGGUUCUCUACGACAUUUGCGGACACAGCGAUCUGGUCGAUGAGCUCAGGCAGGAGGUUCUCACCGUCAUUGCGGCGGAAGGAUGGCAGAAGACGACUCUGUACAAACUGAAGUUGAUGGAUAGCGUUCUCAAGGAAAGCCAAAGGGUAAAACCCAUCGGGAUCGUCAAGCUUUCUGACGGCACUGUUAUCCCCAAAAACGCCAACCUGAUCGUUUCCUCGCAGCGGAUGUGGGAUGAGAGCAUCUACCCCUCCCCAGACAAAUUCGACCCUUACCGCUUCCUUAGAUUGCGAGAGACGCCUGGUCAUGAGACUUCGGCCCAGUUCGUCUCACCGUCGCCAGAUCAUAUGGGCUUUGGGUUUGGCAAACACUCCUGUCCUGGCCGCUUCUUCGCUGCGAACGAGAUCAAGAUCGCGCUCUGCCAUAUUCUGCUCAAGUAUGACUUCCGACUGACGGAAGAAUGGAGAAAUCCGCGGCCGAUUGCAAGUGGUGCAGGGUUGACUGCUGAGCCCAGAGCGACGAUGGAGAUUCGCAGGAGAAAAGAGGAAAUUCAGUUAUAG